AAACCCUGAUUGAUAAUACUACCUCCGGGGCUCGCACAGCAAACUGAAGAGUUCUGAGAUUGUGUGUUCAGCCACACACAAUUUCCUCAAGCUUGAAGCGACCAAUCUAUCAUGGCCAUUGCCUCCACAUUCUGGCGGUAGUAGCAAUAAGUUUCUCAUAUCUCUUCACAGUGAGAGGAACCACAAAGGUUUCAACUUCUCGUCACCCUUCCCCCAAAGUUUGAAUUUUGUUUUUUGUGGGUUUUUCUUGUUCUUAUCUGUAGCAGAUUCUUAGGUUUCUACAAUAAUAUUUGUCUUGUCCCAUUUGGAGGACCAACAGGGUAUAUAUAAGGUGGUUCAAUUUUAUUUAUUUUUUGUUUAAAAGAUGCCAACUUUGAUUUCAACGAGGUUUCUUUUGCUUGUUGGAGAGUCACUUCCCAUGAGAAGGGCUUUGGCAACUUCUAGGUCUGUUUUAUUGCACACUAGUGUUAAUUGUAUGAGCCAGGUGGAGCCCCAUAAUGGUUCCCUCACCCUUUCUAGCAUUGGUAUCCAAAGUGACACUGAACCCAGAAAGAGAAGCAAAUCAAAUAAGGUUAAGCCAUUGAGUUCACCCUCUGAGACUCUCAAGGGCAAAGGAAAGCCCUUUGGCAUUAAUGAUAAGAAGAAAAUUGUUGGUGUUAUGAAGAAACAGCAAAUAGAGUCUGCCCCUUUUGCCGCAAAUUCAUUUUCAGAACUUGGACUUCCACGUGUGUUGAUUGAGAGGCUAGAAAAGGAGGGUUUCACUGUUCCAACAGAAGUUCAAUCUGCUGCAGUUCCCACCAUUCUUAAGAACCAUGAUGUCAUAAUUCAGUCUUACACAGGUUCGGGGAAGACGUUGGCUUAUCUGCUUCCUAUACUCUCGGUAGUUGGGCCGCUGAGGGACAAAAUUCCUGAAGGCAAUGGUGAUGGUGGUGAGAGUGGGAAAAAGUUGGGAAUAGAAGCAGUGAUUGUUGCUCCUUCUAGGGAGCUUGGGAUGCAGAUAGUGAGGGAGUUUGAGAAGGUACUAGGAAUGGAUAACAGGAAAGUGGUUCAGCAGCUUGUGGGAGGUGCAAACCGAACCAGGCAGGAAGAAGCUCUCAAGAAAAAUAAGCCCGCCAUUGUUGUUGGGACGCCUGGUAGGAUAGCAGAGCUCAGUGCAGCUGGGAAACUUCGCACUCACGGCUGUCAAUAUUUGGUGUUAGAUGAAGUUGAUGAACUCUUGUCGUUCAAUUUCCGGGAAGAUAUGCACCGGAUAUUGGAGCAUGUAGGGAGGAGGUCAGGUUCAGACCCUAACUCAGAUUCUGGAAAGGCUGAGCGUCAGUUGAUUAUGGUUUCUGCCACUGUGCCAUUUUCUGUUGUAAGAGCAGCCAGGAGCUGGGGUGGUGACCCACUUCUUGUCAAAGCUAAGAAAGUUGUUCCGCUUGAAGCUGUCUCUCCCUCCGAGCCUGUCAAUUUGUCAAGGUCUUCACUCAACUCAAGUCAUAGUCCAUCUAUGCCAUCUCAGGCAGCAGUAGAGAGUCUACCUCCUGCAUUGAAACACUAUUAUUGUGUAACAAGGUUGCAUCAUAAAGUUGAUACGUUGAGAAGGUGUAUUCAUGCACUGGAUGCUAAAUUUGUUAUAGCGUUCAUGAACCACACUAAGCAGCUAAAGGAUGUUGUCUUCAAGCUGGAGGCCCGUGGGAUGAAAGCUGCAGAGUUACAUGGAGAUCUUGGGAAGCUUGCUAGGUCAACAACUCUGAAGAAAUUCAAGAAUGGUGAAGUAAGGGUUCUGGUGACAAAUGAAUUAUCGGCAAGGGGUUUGGAUGUGGCAGAAUGUGAUCUUGUGGUUAAUCUGGACUUACCUACUGAUUCAAUUCACUAUGCUCACCGAGCCGGUCGAACUGGUCGACUUGGUAGAAAUGGUACAGUGCUAACCAUAUGUGAAGAGCCAGAAGUGUUUGUUGUGAAGAAAUUGCAGAGGCAGCUAGGAAUACCAAUUGCAUCGUGUGAUUUUGCAGAGGGGAAGCUACUUGUCACUGAAGUAGAGAAAACACUAAGCACUUCUGAAAGAUGAGAUGUUAUAUUUGCAACAUGUUUAGUUGACGAUUUAGUUUCCAUGUUUCAUGUUUUAUUCUUCAUCGCAAUUUCCUUUCCUUUUUUCCCCUUUUUUUCUCCAGACCCUUGGGGGAAUAAAGUUAUUUAUAUGCAUCAAAGGUAUUUAUAGGGUUGCUUCAUACCUAUUUUACUGAUUGACAACAUAUACUUGAGUCCACAUUGGAAAUGUACCUUGUAGAUUACUUUUAGGUUGAAUAUACUGAUAAGUGUAGCUGAUAUCUGUUUCACAACAAGUACUGCUUAUAGAUUCAACUAGUUAUCCCUUUAUUGGAUAUUGAGUUUUUUUUUAGUCAAUUGCUGAUGAACAACUUUGGCAUGAAUUGCCUUGGAAAACACAAUUUCUAUGAGAUCAAUGUUCUUCCUUUCUUUUUUCCCAGUUCUUAUAGAUGGAAAACAUUUCAGGCAUUGAAAAUUACUCCUGUGGACUCUGGUGAACAGAAGAAAAAUG